AUGUCACUUUACGUUAGGCAACUCAGUAUCAACGACCUUGAAGAGUCACUCGUCGUCGAGACUGCGGCGUUUCCACCAGCCGAGGCAGCAACUCGAGAAAAGAUCGAUUACCGCUUGAGCGUAUGCCCCGAACUAUGCAUGGGCUUGUUCCUUCGCGCUGGGGCUAGUCUUCCAUCGCCUGUUCCUCAAGACAUACCUUUCGUCGAGACUCCUGAAUCCAAAGACGAUGUGCUCCUCGCACACGUCAUCUCCACCAAGUCUACCAACAAGCCCGUCAGAGAUGAAGACAUGGACUAUCCUCGCGACUGGAAGACUGACCCCCAGGGCGAUUACGAUGUGGGCCACAAGAAGAAUGGAAGAACAAUCGCUCUUCAUGCCCUUGCCGUUUCUCCUGAUUACCAGAGGUCUGGUUUAGGAAAGGCGGCUAUGCGAGCAUAUAUCGAACGAAUGAAGCAGAUCGACGCAGGAAAUAGGAUCUCAAUUCUGACUUACGAUCGACUUGUGCCAUACUAUCAAAAGCUUGGGUUCGAGCACUAUGGUAAAAGUGAUUCUGAAUAUGCCGGCGUGGCCUGGCAUGAUCUUUCUUACAUUCUCUCGCAAUCUUGA